GUGGGUGGACAGAGGAUGGGUCGUGCGAAACCACGGCCCCUCCGCCAUCCCUCGCCGGGGCUGGUGGCAGGGAAGGAAGAGGGGCUGGGGCCGGGACAAUGGGCUGUGGCGCUGACUCAAACAGCCAGUUCCUGGUCGCUUCCUCUCCGCCGGGGCUGGAGCUGCCGCGCAGGGAAGGCGGAGGAAGCUCACUUCUCUCGGACUGUUUUCGAAGCAAGAGCUCGGGCAGCAGCAGCAAGCACCCUCCCACCUGCGCCUGCAGCCAUGGCCAAGGCAGAGUGGCUUCUAGCGCCCUGGCACCGGGGAGCCACCUCUAACCUGGACCUCGAGAGCAAGAAAGCCACCCAUGCCAAGCUGUCAUGGCAGCAGCCAGUGAACGUCUUCCUGGCAGCUGGGCGCCCACCGGGCAUGGAGCAGCUGCACCAGGAGGCCCAGCUCAACCUCCAGAGCUUGCUGCAAGAGGAAUAUGAGGAGCAGUACGCUGAGAACAGGGUCACCGGGCAGACCUUUCGCGCCGCCGGACACCUGCCCCCUGACACCCCCCCCGAGCCAUCGCCCCGACCCCCGCCUGCCAAGCGCCUCGAUUUCGUGCUUAUGCCCCCAAGCCAGCGAGCAACCGAAGAGGAGACUGCCAGUACGACCACACUUGGUGCUCAACCGUCUGCUGCCUCCCUAAGCCUCCCCACCAGCCCGGAUAAGCAGCCAGCCUGGACCAGGGCUUUCCCCCUGCCCACCGUGGAGGAGAAGCAGUGGCACCAGUCCUGCUCCAUCCAAACCAACAUCGUCCCCAUCAAUGUCUCGGGGCAGCACUUUACUAGGCACGCAAGUGCUCGUCACUCCCUGUUUAACACAGAGACCGCGAUGAACCCCAAGUCCACCCUGCGGCGUAGACGGACCAUUAUCGGAUUCCCUAACCUGUCCCUUCGAGACCAAGGCAGCACCAACGGUCCCACAUUCAACGCACACGCGCCUAUCGCCGAGUCCGUCUCCUGCAGCUUUGUUCCUGAGGCCGCAAGCAGGGGGAAGGUGCCCCAGGAGAUCAGCCCCUGCCAGCCGCUCUCUGCCCCUCUGAGGAAGACCUUCAGUGACCUUGGGGCCCGCUGCUGCCAGCCACUUGGUGCCAUGGACAGCGCAGCCACUCCCUGUGCUGGUACCUGCAAUGGGCCACAGGGCAGCGCCUUCCCCCCGCCCUGGAGCACCCUGGACUAUGCAAGCCCCCCCAGCCCCACUGCCGGCCGGGGCAAGGGGCCUACCUGCACCUCACCGGGUGGCUCCAGCCCAUCGCCUAGCCCAGGCUCACCCACCACCACCUCCUUCUUCAUCGCCACGGACGAGCGCAUGAGCAGCAAUGGGCCUGGCUCCUUCUCUGGCAUGGUGCCCAAAUCCCCCCUGACCUCCGGGAGCUGUGAGGGCCAAGAAGCCAAGGUGAACUUCUUGCCAGGAAGCCAAGAGGAGCCAGAGCCAGUGGCGGGGCUGGCGCGGCUGGAGGUAGAGCAGGCAGGGUGCCGGUUCCGUGAGCGGUCACUGUCAGUGCCCACUGACUCAGGCUCCCUCUGCUCCGUGGACAUCGCAUACGCUGAGACCCGGCGGGGCAGCGCCAACUACACCUUGGGCUACCCCAGCGCCAGCUCCGAGGGCAGCACCAGCACUGACAACGUCUCCCUGGGGCUGGAGCAGGAGGGCCAGCGGCGGCGGCGCUCCAAGAGCAUCUCCCUCAAGAAGGCAAAGAAGAAGCCCUCGCCACCCAUGCGCAGCGUUUCUCUGAUUAAAGAGGGGCAGGAUGCUGACGUGGGGCCUGGCUCAGCACUGCCCAAGGAUCAGCGACCCAAGAGCCUGUGCAUCCCAACGGAGCCCCAGGGCCACCGGCUGGUGCACACUGACCCCCAGGGGAGCACAGGGAGGGAGCCUGAGGGCACAGCCACCCCCCACCAGUGGCAUCUUGCGGACUGGAAGGCCAGCGAUCCCUACCGGUCCCUCUCCAGCUCGAGCACGGCCACAGGGACCACGGCCAUUGAGUGCACCAAGGCACAGGGAAGCUCUGAGUCCCUCACAUCCCCCUCCAUCUCCAGAGCCACGACGCCCUCUCAGCUCUCCACCGAGGCAGACCUCAAGACCUCCUCCCCAGGCAGACCCACAGGGCUGAUGUCCCCAUCCAGUGGGUACUCCAGCCAGUCAGAGACCCCGACGCCCACCAUCCCCACCUCUGCCAUCCUCGGGCACUCCCCACACCAGGUGCAGGUGAGGCCGCUGGUCCCUGAGAGGAAGUCCUCACUGCCCCCCACAUCCCCCAUGGAGAGGAGCCCCAAGUCCAGACUGUCCUUUGACCUGCCACUCAUGCCACCCACCCACCUCGACCUCUCGGGGCUGAAGAUUUCCUUGAAGGGGAAGAUGAAGGUCAGCCGGCAUCACUCUGACUCCACCUUUGGCACCAAGCUGACCCAGAAGACCAGCCCCAUCAUGCCCAUCAUGCCAGUGGUCACACAGUCUGACCUGCGCUCUGUCCGACUCCGCUCCAUCAGCCGCUCGGAACCAGAGGACAAUGCCGACGGCCUGGAGCACACCGAGGAGCCGGCACGUGGUCCCUGCCUGGGGUCGGAGAGGAAGGUGAAGCCACCCGUGGCAGAGAAGCCACCACUGGCCAAGCGGCCCCCGAGCAUCCUGCCCAAGCCCCCAACUCUGCGGGAGGAGGGUCCCCUGUCCCCCACAUCCCUGCCAGGCGCUGCCACCAAGGAGAAGGGGCUGCCACAGGAUGGCUUCGUGGUGCUGCGGAAAGGGGAGCUGAGGAGGGGUCCCAGGGAGCACCCUUCACCUCUGACCCCGGCAGGACCCCGGCGGCUCUCACAGGGCAGCCUGGAGGAUGAGCUGCGGCCGGAACAGAGUGGUGCCAGUGAGGGGGAGUGGAAGAAGGCCAAAGUGCCUCCACCAGUGCCCAAAAAGCCCAGUGUGCUCUACCUGCCACUCGCCCCAGCCCCAGCACAGCUGGGAGCCAGCAUAGGGGACCAGGUGCCCACCCCCAGCCCCAUCAUCACGCUGGACGCUGACCCCACCUGCUGCAACCCUGAUGCUGAGGACCCACCAUCCUUGGAAGCCCUGGGUGCAGCACAAGCCGGCGACCCUGCCUCAGAGCAAGGCAGCUCGGCGGAGGCCAGCACGGAGGACAAGAGCUUUGCCAGCGACAAGACAGCUGACUCUAUCGCGGAGGAGGAUGAUGAUGUGUUCGUGAUGUCCCGCACCACAGAGGAUCUCUUCACUGUGAUCCACAGGUCGAAGAGGAAGGUCUUGGGGCGGAAAGAGCCUGGUGACACCUUUGGCAGCCGGCCCAAUUCCCACUCACCUGUAAAGACUUCAGGCUCCCCAACCGGCGAGACCCCAGCAGCAGCAGGCAGCGCUGGGAAGUCUUCCAGCAGGAAUGAAGACUUUAAAGCCCUGCUCCAGAAGAAGAGCAGCAAAACCAGCCCUGGUAGCCGGCCAUCUGCUGCUGAACUGCUCAAGACCACAAACCCACUGGCUCGGAGGGUCAUGACGGAGUUUGCCCCCAAGCUAGACAGUGCCAACAGCCCCAAAAGCCAGCCCUAACCUUGCAUGGUCCCUUCUGGCCAUGAAGGGCUGGAGAUGGCUGCAGAGGGAGUAUUGCUGUGGAAGGGGUGUCCUGGCUGCGUGAGUGAGUCCAUGUGUCCUGCCAGGGGUUUUCUUCUGCUUUUGUUCUUCCUUGGAGAGCCACUGGCGGAGAGGCAGAGUUUUGAGCCCAAGGCCUCAUGUCUCUGGCAGAGCUGGGUCCUUUCCAGGAGGGAAGAGGCAGCACCACGGUUGGGGCCAUCCCCUGCUGAGUCAGCUGCCAGGACUGAAGGUGCGUGCUUGGGAAGCAGAGUGGGACUGCAGCCCCUGGCGUUGCUCAGUGCAGCGAAGCUAGCUUGAAACUGUUUGGUCACUUCGGCAUGUGGUACUUUAAAUGGCUUUUCUAAUGCACAGUGGUGGUGAUGUUUUAUUCUCUUUUCAUUUGACAUUGUACCUUGAGUUUCCCAGGCAAAGAUCCCAGGUUUGAGUCCAGCUGGAUACAUGGAGACGUACUUUGGGAAGAUGUUAGGGGGGCAGCUGGAAUUGAGGUUGCUUUUGAAGAGACACAAAAGGUUCCCCCUCAUCAUUCCAAGCAUCCUCCCCACAACACGGGGAGCAGGCACCCCAGCAUCCGCAGCCAGCGCGACAACCUCAAGCCAAAACCCAGCCCCUCGAAAGCCCCCAAAAUGCUGCAUUUCAGAGCUCCUCAGCUCUCGGUCCAAAAGCAAACCCCAGGGUUGCCUCCGCUGCCAGCCCCAGGGAGCCUCGCCCUGCCAGUUGCACCACAUCUGGAGAACUGCCAGUUGCCCCACUCCCCACCAGCCUCCCUGCACAGCAGGUCCUGCACCAGGCCAUCAGCCCCAAGUGACCUGGGGUGUGUGUGGCCCUGCUGCCACGGGAAGAAAGGACUGUGGCAGGCCAGCGCUGCCCAGGGAAGCCCUUCCCCAGCUCUGCCUCUUGCAUCGCACCCAAGGACCCUACAACAGCAUCUCCUGCAAACAUCUGCCGCAUCACCUGCUGGAGAUCCUAGGCUGCCACAAAGCUGUUGGCCAAACCCAGCCAGACAUCACCUGAGCCACCUCCCAGUGGCUCCUGGGGUCCUUCCAGCGUUACCCACCCCUCUGCCCCUGCCCACUGGCUGCAGGGGAGCUGUGCGAGGCCAAGCAGGAUGCAUGUCAGCGCCAUUGGCAAAGCAGGGGCUGCACCCCACCACCACGCAUUGGGUGCUGUUGGCAGUGCCACUGUCCGCCAGGCACACACAGGUCCUUCAGCCAGCCAGGCUGCGUUCCCCUGAGUGUCCCAUGAGUAGGACACACUGCCAAGGCAUGCAGCGGACCCCCCACAGUGUGCGCCCACCCAUGAGGCUGCCCAUGAGGAUGCUGCAGGGGUGUGGCACAUCCCGUAGCAGCACUGGAGGAUGCAGUGCUACCUAGCCCUGCCAAAGGAGUGGUUUGCACAUCCCCAGCUGGGGUUCCAGCCCUUGCCUGGGGCACAAUGGAAGGUGUGGUGUGGGAUUUGUCCCCCCUCUCGCCCCCAGCUGCUUCUUCCUGGCUUGGCUCCAGCAUGGGAGCCCCAGCCGUCAGUGACAGAGGCCACGAUGAGGGGCAAGGGGCCGGGGGAGGACAGCCAACAGGGCCAGGGCAGAGCUCAGGAGGAGGGCAGGACUGCAAGGAAAUGCUAGCCCCAGCUCAGAGCAUGAGCAUGGCUACGCACCCAUAGCAAGAGAGAAAGGUCCAGACUGUGGCUGACAAGGAAACGGGGCAUUUAGGAAAAUUCCCACUUUAUUUCUUGAUGUAUUUCUGCAAACUCUAGCACACCUCAGCCCUCCUUGUGCUUGGGGGAAAGGGGGAGAGCGAUGUGGCUGGGUCCACGCAGCAGUGGGGAAAGGAAGGCACCGUGGCAGCACAGCAGCACUACAGCUGCCCCUCUGAAGAGCCAGGGCUGUUCUGGGGGGGUCUCCGCCCCCCGAGGGAGCUCUGCAUGCCACACAGGCCCCCUCUGCGAACACCUGCCCAUCCACAAAUUCCAUGCUGAGUUUGACCCUAAGAGAGGCUCCACUCUCCUUGCGGUUGUUUCCCCCCUCCCCUCCUGGUUACUUGCACAUUGCUCCCUUCCCUCUCCCGGGGUUGCAGAUUUAAGCCUGUAAUUAAGAUCCAGGCUGAGAAACUCAGGAAAAAAAAAAAAAAGAAGAAAAAAAAAAAGCUCUAACAAAUUUCCAUGCUUCAUCUCCAUCCCACGGCACCCAGCCCUCCUGCUGCUCCAGGGCCUGGCGGCAGGGUGCUCUCCCAGUGGGGAUGGGGCCCUGGGGAUGGAAGCAGGAAGCUCUGGGGACAGGUACGUUUUGCACAUGACUGCUCAGGAAACCGGUGGUGGUGGAGGCCUUGGUCGGGGGAUGGCAGCUGGCAGAGCAGGCUGGGGACAAGCAUGGGGCAGGGGCACCCCUGCAAAAGUUCUGCACCACUGGCCACAAAGGUGGCCAUCUGCACUGGAUAAGAAAUGUCCAAGAGGCCUAGGUGAAUCCCGGCUGCUGAGCCAGGAGCUGGGCUGUGGGACAGAGAACCUCAUUUCCCAGGCCAGAGGAACAGCCCCUUCUCAGCAGAGCUGGCCAGCUCUGGGCUGAGCUCAUCCCUGGCUGCUUGCUUUCUCCUCCCUCCGGCCGUGGAUGCAGAGCCGUUUCUGUGGCUGCUUCACGGUGGGUCCCUUGGGAAAGCCCGGGCAGCAGUGACAGCCCACCAUGGUGUGUACUUCUGAAUGUUGUACUUUUUAAUCUCACGAGCUUGGUAAACGGCUCCCUGCUGA